AUGGCUUACUGGGAAGCUAUGGUAGCAAUUGUCACCACGCAGAGUCCACGUUCUCUUGAAUACCUCAUUCCAUUUUGCAAGCAAGAAAAUCAUGAUACGCUUGUUUAUCCGAAUCCGUGGACUGGGGCCUCGACUACUAUAUUUAUUUAUGCUGCCGAAGUCAGCACUCUUUGUCGCCAAAACCGCCUUACAAAACAUCUCUCUACCUCGUUAGCGUCUACCGAAGUCUGCGAGAAUAUCUUUCAUGAGCAGCUCACGAAGGCCGGUGAGCUGGAGGCAAAGGUCUUGCAAUAUUCUCCGCCCGUAUCUGGUUGCAUCAAAGACCCAGAUGACCGAUUCACACCCGUGUCGCACCUUCAAUGUCUGGCACAAAUCUACAGAUUCUCGGUCCUGGUUCAGUUAUAUCUCACAUUUCCGGAUCUCUUGCAAAAGUCAAACACAACAAUGUCAACCCUCGAUACGGAUCUAUCAAAUGAAACGAGCCAGCGAUCACUCAAUGAGAUCAUAGUAGGCAUCGAGAAAGCAAUUCUUUCCGUGCACUCCUCAGAUUUCAUGAUCCUUCACUGGCGGUCCCUUGUGCGCCAGAAAUUGAAAGUGUUACACGAGUUUGUUCGCCUUGAUCCAGUCCCCAGAGCUUUGCAGAUCCUCGAAGCAGUUUGGCUCAGAGCGGACUUGUGUGUUUCAAACAGAACUAAUACUUCUACCCAAGUAUUUAUCCAUUGGUUGGAUGUCAUGAAUGAGGAGCGACUGGAGUCAAUCUUUGGCUAG